AUGGAAAAUGUAUUCAACAUCACCAAAAAUCUUGUCCUCCUGGGACUUGUGGAGAUGGAAGCACUAAAAUAUUGGUAUGGUUUUCUGUCUAUUGUCCUAUAUUCAUUCAUUGUACUCUUAAGUAUUAUUAUAGUUUUCGUUGUCUGCAAAGAACCAAAGUUACACGAACCCAUGUACAUCCUCAUAAGUAAUCUGGUCCUCAAUGGAAUUUUUGGCAGCUCGUCCUUUUUCCCGAAGCUGAUACUCGACCUCAUGACCUCGUCCACGACCAUCACUCAUGGUAACUGUGCCGCUCAAGCUCUGUGUGUUACGUUAUUUGCUAUCUAUGAAAUGAGCACCUUCACCAUAAUGGCGUAUGACCGAUAUUUGGCCGUUUGUCACCCGCUGCACUAUGGCAUGUUGGUAACCAAUGAGAGGAUUAUAAAUCUCAUUGUUGGGUCCUUAGUAUUGGCCUUUGUACUUGUGCUCACAGCCGUGCUCCUCACAUGGAGACUUCCCCUUUGUGGGAAUAGUAUAAACAAUAUCUUUUGUGACAAUAUGUCCAUGGUCAUUCUCUCCUGUGUGGACUCCUCCAUCAGUCAACUCUUCUCCGCUUCUGUGGUCCUUUUCUACUUGUGUGUCACCAUCUUGGUCACCGUUUUCUCCUACCUGAAGAUAUUUGUCGUCUGCUUGAAAAUCUCUGGAGAAUCGCGCCAGAAAGCCGUCCACACCCUGGUCACCCAUCUACUCAACUUCUCUGUCUUUUUACUUGGGUUCCUAUUUAUCUUUAUCAGGUACAGAUUAGGCAGCAUCAAGCUCCCCAUUAUUAGCCACGUUCUUCUCUCUGUCACUACACUCAUCGUUCCACCAUUGUUUAACCCCUUGAUCUAUGGUGUCCGGACACAUGACCUGAACGUUAGGGUCACUUACUAUUUACAGACAAUUCAUGCUUUUCCACAAUUUACUAAAAUACAUAGGCCUUCUGCACAUGUAUCUGUUAUUAAUAACACUUAUCAGAGACAAUAA